AUGGCCUCGGAUUCCAAACGACAUAAGUAUUUAACAGUUUAUAUACAUUAUAAUGGUUUAUUCGCACCAAAACCAUUAGUGUACUUGAACGAUGUUGUUGUUUCAAUCUGUGAUGUUGAUUUUGGUGCAAUGGAUCUCAAAGAGUUUAAGUUGUUCAUUGCAAAGUUGAUUGAAGGCAGUUGCGAUAAUGUAUAUUAUUGCACUAUAAAUGAACCAUUGGCAGAGGGUCUUAGGAGAAUUGGGAAUGAUGCUGACUACUUUGAGUUUACUGAACUAGAAGAUGAUGAAGGGCAUUACUCUGAGGAAGACUCGGAUCAUGAUAAUGAUUCACAACUUUCUGAUGUUAUUCCAUAUGAGCAUGAAGCAGAUGAUUACAUUCCUUGUCUUGACAAGACUAUUGGUGAUGAAUUCUUACACCGGGUGUCACGUAUGUGUAAGGAUAUAAAUGAUGAGGCUGAAACUGAUGAGGUUGAAACCAAGAUUGGGGAUGACAAACCAGUGUACCCUGUCCAUAAUGAGAACCAGAAAUGGGACAAAAUGGUGUCAAUUCUAGUCAGAGGUUAUUAG